AUGGCUUCACUUGCUACUGCGCAGCCUUCCGAUGCCCCGUCUGAAUCGACCGCUGGCGGGGUAACCAACCCAACCCACGGUGCUGAGAACACCGGAUCAGAAGCUCAGGAUGGAAAGGCGAAGUCGGAAAGAGAACUUGAGAGAGAGCGGAAGAAGGCUGAGAAGCUAAAGAAGUUCGCUGAAAAGGCUGCGAAAAAGUCUUCUGCAGCGCCUGCCCCCGCAAAAUCUACAGAAAAGAAACCAAAGAUAGAGAAGGACAAGACGACCGAUGCCUAUGAUCCAAAAGUGAUCGAGGCCGGAAGAUAUGAAUGGUGGGAAGAGCAAGGCUUGUUCAAGCCGGAGUUUGGCCCUGACGGAAAGGUGAAAGAGGCUGGAUACUUCGUCAUCCCGAUUCCACCGCCAAAUGUUACUGGAGCUCUCCAUAUGGGUCACGCUUUGACGAAGGCUCUCCAGGAUACCAUGAUUCGUUGGCAACGAAUGAAGGGAAAGACAGUACUGUACCUCCCGGGCUACGACCACGCAGGUAUCUCCACUCAGAGUGUUGUCGAAAAGAUUUUAUGGAAGACGGAGAAGAAAACAAGACAUGAUAUUGGACGAGAAGCCAUGAUGGGCAAAAUCUGGGAAUGGACUCACAAGUACCAUGAUAGCAUCACAGCCUCUCUUCGAAGGCUGGGCGGUUCUUUUGACUGGUCAAGGGAAGCUUUCACCAUGGAUGAGAACCUCUCUGCCGCCGUUACCGAGUCCUUCGUUCGCCUCCAUGAAGAGGGCACUAUCUACCGUGGAAAUCGUCUCGUGAACUGGUGUGUUGCUUUGAACACAUCCUUAUCUAAUCUUGAGGUGGAAAACCGAGAUCUCGAAGGCCGCACCUUGCUAGACGUCCCUGGGUACUCCAGGAAGGUUGAAUUUGGUGUCUUGACCCAUUUCUUGUAUGAGAUUGAUGGUACGGAUGAGAAGAUUCAAGUUGCAACUACACGACCGGAAACCAUGCUUGGUGAUACCGGUGUAGCAGUUCACCCUGAUGAUAAGCGAUAUCAGAAGUUCAUUGGAAUGAAGGUUAAACACCCCUUUAUCGACCGAUUGCUACCUAUCUUUGCAGAUGAUAAGGUUGACCCUGAGUUCGGUACCGGUGCUGUGAAAAUCACCCCAGCACAUGACUUCAACGAUUACAUUCGUGGAAAGGACAAUAACCUUGAGUUUAUUUCCAUCAUGAAUGAUGAUGGCACUUUCAAUGAGAACGCCGGUCCUUUUGCUGGAAUGAAACGUUUUGAUGCUCGUUACCAGGUCAUCGACAAACUAAAGGAGAAGGGCCUGUACGUGAAAUGGGAGAACAACCCAAUGAAAGUACCACAGUGCGUCAAGUCGGGUGAUGUUAUUGAGCCCAUCAUGAAACCACAAUGGUGGAUGAAGAUGGCCGAGCUCGCUAAGCCUGCUAUCAAGGCUGUCGAAAGCGGGGAAAUUAUCAUCCGCCCAGAAAGCGCUGAGAAGAGUUACUACCGAUGGAUGAACAAUAUCAACGAUUGGUGCUUGUCCAGACAGCUGUGGUGGGGCCAUCAAGCUCCCGCAUACUUUGUUGACAUCGAGGGCGAGAAGGGUGAUGAUGCUGAUGGCAACCUUUGGGUGACUGGCCGCACUGAGGAAGAAGCAAAGGCUAAAGCGGAGAAGAAAUUCCCGGGAAAGAAGUUUGUCUUGAAGCGAGAUCCCGAUGUCUUGGAUACUUGGUUCUCUUCUGGUCAAUGGCCUUAUUCCACGCUUGGGUGGCCUAAAAAGACUCAUGACCUUGAAAACCUAUACCCUGUCUCCAUCUUGGAAACUGGAUGGGAUAUUCUCUUCUUCUGGGUUGCUCGAAUGAUAAUGCUCGGAAUAAAGAUGACUGGGCAGGUCCCAUUCAAUGAAGUAUACUGCCACUCCCUUAUCAGAGAUUCUGAAGGCAGAAAAAUGUCUAAGUCCCUUGGUAAUGUGAUUGAUCCCAUUGAUGUCAUGAAUGGUAUCUCACUUCAAAAUCUACACGAUAAACUCCUGGAGGGUAACCUUGCAGAGAAGGAGGUUGCCAUUGCAACCAAAUUCCAGAAGAAGGCUUUCCCCAAAGGUAUCCCAGAGUGUGGCGCCGAUGCCUUACGAUUUUCGCUGCUCGCGUACAGCACUGGUGGUGGUGAUAUCAACUUUGACAUUCAGGUGAUCCACGGCUACAGAAGAUUCUGUAAUAAGAUCUACCAAGCCACCAAGUUCGUCUUAGGCAAGCUCGGGGAUGAUUUCAAACCUCAAGCUACUCCUAGUAAGACCGGCAAGGAAUCUCUUUCUGAGCGUUGGAUCUUGCACAAAUUCAACCAGGCAGCAAAGCUCACGAAUGAGGCCUUAGAGAACCGUGAAUUCUCUGUCGCUGCUAACAUAAUUUAUCAAUAUUGGUACAGCCAACUGUGUGAUGUAUUCAUUGAAAACUCCAAGACUCUGUUGCAGGCAGAAGCGGAUCCGGCAGUCCAGCAAUCAGCCAAGGAGACUCUUUACACCGCUCUAGAGGGUGCCUUGACUCUCAUCCAUCCAGUUAUGCCUUUCGUGACUGAAGAGCUGUGGCAGCGUCUUCCUAGAAGACCAAAUGAUGAAACCAUCUCUAUAAUGAAAGCCGCCUACCCAGAGUAUAACCCUUCAUUCGAUGAUCCUGCCGCAGAGACCGCCUAUGAGCUCAUCCUUAACACCUCCAAAGCCAUUCGAAGUAUCCUCGCUGAAUACGACGUGAAAACGAAGGGAGAUGUGCUUAUCCAAGCAUACGAUGCAACCAGCCACAAGUCCAUCACUGAAGAGAUUGCCAGCAUUAAAGCUCUCAGCGGUAAAAACAUCGGUGAGCUGACUGCGCUGGAUGCUAAUAACCGAACCCCUCCAGCCGGCUGUGUUGUUUCACCAGUUGGUGCCCAAGCCGCUGUAUACCUCCGUGUAUCGGAUGAGGUCCGUCUUGAGCAAGAGGAAAAAGCCAAGGCUAGCCUUUUGAAGAUUCAAGAAGCUAUCAAGAAACAGCAGGCCAUCAUGAAUGCUCCGCAAUGGAGAGAAAAAGCUAAACCUGAGGUUAGAGAGCUUGAACAAAAGAAGCUGGUGGAUGCCCAAGGCGAGGCAGCCCGUCUUGAAGAGCAGAUCCGUGAAUUAGAGAAACUGAAGAUUUAG